AUGUUCAUGUGGUUUCAAUUAUUUAUUGAAGUACUUUUUCGUAUGCAUCAUAAAUCCAAUGCUCGACAAGAAUUAAUUGAUGUUUGUAAAGAACAAUAUCAAAAUAAUUCCGAAGAACUUUCGAUUAUUAACGAAUUUGAGAAGACAUACAAAACCGAAAAUGCUAUCGGGAGUGAAACUGAAGUUCUUAUCGAAUCGAUUCAUGAAGAUAAAGAGAAAAAACUUUGGAUUGUACAUAUUACAUUAGCGAGUGAAGAUGAUUUUUAUUUUAAAGAAACAUUUGCUCAUAUGAAAGAUAAGAUUGGUGAUGAAACAAAUUUACAUUCGCUUGGAAAAAUUUUAACUAAAAUAUUAUAA